GCUACAGUAUUUUUUUAUUGUUCCUUAACGCUUAUAAAGCUGCCAAUCAUCUACAUUUACACUAUUAUAACGAAUAAAUGUAUUCGGAAAUUACGCAUUUUAGUACAGAUGCAAGGCAUUACACUUUUUGCGUCACGGAGAGAUUUUCCUGGGGUACUCGCUGAAGAAUGCUUGCGCAUUAAUACGAGAUGCUAUUAUUGGAAACAAAUUUAAUCGAUGUGAAAGUGUUUUAUUCACUCGAUCGUCAAUUCAGCGCGGCGGACACUAGUUAAAUAGGCGCCUUUCAGAUAAAUUAAAAAAUUCAUUUAAUUAACUUUUCCAUAAGUGAUCUUAACGCCCAUCCUGCAAUAGAGCCCCGUGAUAAGCUCUUUUGAGUCAUGUGGAUGCCCCAUGGAAAUCAAGAAAACGCGGUUUCGGCAUCAUAUCUGCCUAGUUUCGGUUUCAUGAACACAUCGUUACUAGCAAAACAAAACAAAAAAAAAACAGCCUGCUCUUUAAAGUCAUUUUAUUAAAAAAGUGAAAUAUACAUGUGCAUGUACACCUUAAAAAUAAAGUUGUGACUGUGUUAGAAAAUUUACAUCAACUUCGUGCUUGUACAAGUUGGGACGCCGCCAUUGUCAUCGCCAGCACCAUUUACCGCUCGUAGCCGCUCGCCGCUCGUUCGCGCGCAUUUUUUACAGCUUUUCGUCUAUGGUGCUGCUGUGUUCCGAGCCGCCCGGGUCGCCGUUUUCAGAGCCUUGUUUAUUUUCUUUAAUAGUUUAUUGUGAGCUCGAAAGACAUAAGCUUCAAGAGCCUUCAUCCUGUUCUGCGCAACAUAAAGAAUUUCAGCGUGAGGUGCUGACACGGCUCUCUGUACUCAGGAUUGUUCAGCAGCAGCAAGGCGAGUUGCUAACAGCGUUGACAACCCGGUGCACUGUGAAACAGUCUGACAACGCUCCUCAAGUUGUAGUGGGCCAGUUUGACAGCUAUGACGAACUGAAGAAAUUCGACCAAACACUAACUGGACCAGUCAAGGAGGCUGUGGUUCAACAGCUUGCAAACAUUGGGGGUCCAAGCCCAGAGUCUUGCACACGCAGGGUUUUGAGAAGUGUGUUGUCAGACAAACUUGCAUCAACAUUCUCAUGGCACGGACGAAAGGGGAAGAAUGCCUUUGACUGUCUGCUUCUCUCAAAGUGCAUUGUUGAUGCUGUAAAGGUCACCCAUAAAUGUGACAAUUUUGUAGUGGAAAGUGCAAGCAAAGACUGGCUUCGUCAUGCCCCGGCAAGAUGUGCAUCGGAAAAGUCAGCAAGCCAUCCUUCCAGCCUGCCGGACUAGUGAUCCAACCAGUGACUAGACGUGAUUUAGCCAGUGACUAGACAUGCGAUUCAGCCAGCGACUAGACCCGUGUCCCAGCCAGCGACUAGACCCGUGUCCCAGCCAGCAACUAGUCCCGCGUUCCAGCCAGCGACUAGACCCGCGUCCCAGCCAGCGACUAGACCCGUGUCCCAGCCAGCGACUAGACCCGUGUCCCAGCCAGUGACUAGACCUGUGACCCAGCCAGUGACAUGACCCGUGACCCAGCCAGCGACAUGACCCGUGAC